AUGAGCUCGAAGCGGAUCGCAAAGGAGCUCACCGACCUCAAGAAGGAGGCGCUCCCGCAAGGGUGCGAGGCCGGCCUCGUCUCGGACGACAACGUCUACGAGUGGGCUGCGAGCAUCGAAGGACCGCCCGACUCGCCGUAUGACGGCGGCGUGUUCAACCUGCACAUCACGCUCCCUCACGACUACCCGUUCCGCCCGCCCAAGGUCGUCUUCACGACCAAGAUCUACCACGCCAACGUGAACAACCAGGGCGGCAUCUGCCUCGACAUCCUCAAGAACCAGUGGUCGCCCGCGCUCUCGAUUGUCAAGGUCCUCCUCUCGGUCGCGUCGCUCCUCGCCGACCCGAACCCGCACGACCCGCUCAUGCCCGACAUUGCGCAAAGGUACCUCAAGAACCGCAAGGAGCACGACAAGACGGCCAAAGAGUGGACGCAGCGCUACGCGACCCCGGUCCGCAAGGUGCCCGCCGCCGCCGCCGCCAAGUCGAGCAAGGAGGUCGAGGUCCUCGUCCUCGACGACUGAACCCGCCUUCCUUACUUUUUCCUGCAUGCCCCUAUCUUUGUCCUGUUCAUACCCCUCGCCUUGCAGCUAGCACCCCAACCCCUCGUCCCUGUGCACCUCUCUGCCUCCUCUUUGCCCUCCCUCCCUCUC